GACACAAAGCUUGUCCGGUACGGCACUCGUUCCACUGUGUCCAGCGUUUCGAACUCAAUCCUCUCGUCCACCAUCGUCGUCAUCGAGAAAGGUAGCGAUCAGAGUUGAUCAGCGUUUCACAGAGAUCGCGAUUGGAAGGAGAUGGAGUGGAUAUUGUUUUGCCCCCCAGUGUCCAGUGCAAAAAUUGAAGUCGCUGAUCUUCACAACGUCAAAGGAUUCUGCACCGGAGACAGGACGCGGGAAUCAGUCUCUGAUUUAGUGUAGUUUGCCAUCGAAAGUGCAGCUGAAUAUUUUCCUGAACUCAGACCGCGUGCACUGCGAUUCCCCAAGCCAGAGACAAGAUGGGGAUCAAAGGCUUGCACAAGGCGCUCUCGUUCUGUACCGUCAAGGACAAUCUUCGGAACCAUCGGAAUUCUAUCAUUGCUGUCGACACGAGUUCGUGGAUGCACAAAAGCGUUUAUUCCGCCUCGGAAAAGUUCGUUGAGGCCACGAAUAAUGGACGUGUGGACCACGGGUGCGUUCGUGUUUCUGCGAGAUACAUCAUCACGAGGUGCAAGGAGUUGAUCGAGGCCUUCGGGAUCAAAGCGGUGUAUUUAGUGAUGGACGGCAAGCGGAUCCCUCUCAAAGCGGAAGAAAGCCAGGAUCGCGAUCAAAAACGCCUACAAAACCUAGCCGAGGCAAGAAGGCUCAAGAGGGCCGGCCAGAGAUGGAAGGCAGAAGACAAGUACAAGUCGUGCAUACGGAUCAAAGACAACUUCACGGAAGCCGUCAUCCGCGAGGUGGAAAAGGCCUUUUCCAAUUACGGUCGCGUAUUUUUUGUGAACAGUCCCCACGAAGCCGAUAGCCAGUUGACUCGACUGGUGCUAGACGGUGUCGCCGACGCCGUGAUUACGGAGGAUUCGGACGUCUUGGUGUACAGUGCUGCCGCUCACAAGCCAUUUCCGAUCUUGUUCAAACUCGAUCGCAGGACAGGAGCUUGCGACAGCAUCAACAUGAAGUGGCUGAUAUCACCAUCCUCACAGGAAACGGCAAGGGCUGUGACAAGCAAGAACACACUGGAGUUCAUUCUUCGGCGUUUUGCUUCGAAACAAGUAAACACGAAAGGACUUGGGGUUCGUCUUUUCGUUCAGGGGUGCAUAUUGUCGGGUUGUGACUAUAGGAAAAAUAUCGAAGGCAUAGGAACAACCAACGCCUUCAAACUGGUAAGUGAGAACGCAUUUCGCGGUGCUUCCGUGCGAUUUCGAAAGAUUCUCGAGUCCCUUCCGAAAAAAGUGCGACAGAAGAUCGAAAUCAACGAGCAUGAAGAGAUCCUCGCCAAGAGCGAGGCGAUUUUUUUCUAUCAUCCUGUCUUGCACAAAGAUUGCCAAAUCAAACCGCUUUUAGAGCCUCGCAUUUCGCCAGAAGAAAGCAGCGUCGGAAAAUGUCAUUCGGAUCACUAUCCGUGCAUGUCUCGAUUCAAAGGAGAUUGGUCAUUUUUGGGCAAUAUUGACUCGUCUUCGAGUCGUGUCAUUCCGAAUAGUUACGACGCGAACAACUGCAAUACUGUUCAGAAAUCAAUGGCGCCGUCCAUUCUCAGUAAACCCAACAGUAUGUCAUCAACUCUCCCGACGAAAAACCCAGAUUUUUCACACUCAUCAGCGUCGAAUCGAUCACAAACACUGCAAAAUCCGUACAAGAAAUUCAAAAUAUGCGACAACAACAGACAAAGGCCACUAGGAGAAAGGAAUAUCAACAUCCGAUUCAAUACCGAGAAGAAGCUCGAAACUCAGAAAAAUAUGGGUACUGGCAGUAUCACCAAAUUCUUAGUGAAACCUGAUCCGAGGUAUGCUAAGAGAACAUUUUCUUCUACCACGGUAACAAAGAGAGACACCCAAUGUUCUAGAUUGCGGAAUUUCUCAGUUGCAGGCUCCAGCUUUCAGCUUUCAUCUCGUUCAAACGCAUCCCAAAAACCCCCCGGCCAGUCAUUCUUUGAAAAAAGAGCAACGAAGAAAACACAUCAUACCACUUCUAGUAAGACUACCAACUCUAGAAUAGAACAGCGCCGUUUCGAUUACUCUCCCAUCGAAAGCAAUGGAAAGAAGGAAAUCUCCUUUUCGUAUCCAUCUUGCAACUUGCCGAGCCCUUCCGAAUGCGAAAGCAUACGGACGAAACGUGCAAGUUCAGACAUUAAGCGUGACGGAUUGAAAAAUCUUGAUCGAAAUCUUCAAGAUUUUUUCGAUUUGACCAAUUCCAAUUCUUCCGACAUGGACAACUCAGAAAUCCGGACGAAAAUCGCAGAGACGAAAAUGGAAGCAACGCUCUGUGACGACCAGGCUGUUUCUGUGGUCCCAUCGAAUGACACAUUCGAGGAAACAGAGAAAGAAUCUAAUGCAAUCGGAGUUAAGAUUUGUUCGACGUUCACUUCGGAAGAACCGAACGAUAAUGAGCGAGACCAUACCAAGAAUGCUGGGAAAGCAACCAGCAAGUAUUUUUCGAAGAAACGGUCGGACCCCCGCAGAGUGACACUCGAUUCUUCUAUCAGGCGUCCGUGCGAUGGACUUCCGAGUGUCGCAUGCACAACGCCGGUACGACCUCAAUCUAUAGACGAUGAAAUGAAUUUACCAGCAACACGAAAGAAUGAGUUGCGAGACUAUGAGUGGGCACUGGACGAAUGCAUCGAUGAUCCGGAGGAAGAAGUUCAAGUGGCGAAACCAAAAUCUGGUUUCGAAAGCGGCUCCUUUGCCAACAAGUGCAAGAUAAGGCAUCCAUUACCACAAGAAAACAGCAAUAAAUCAUGUUCCGAGUCUAAAGGAUCGAUCCGAUCCUUCUUUAAGCGCCAAGAAAUAUUUGCGAAUCAGUUGAAGAGAAGCAUCGAACCCAAUAAAAGAUCACAGCCAAAGAGGUCGAAACCAAACGACUUUUUUUCUCCCGACAGAUAUUCGAAAAAAAAGAAAUCGAAUAACAACAGCUCUCACCGUUUCAAACAGAACCCUUCUACUGAUAUCCUCUCGAAAACGAAAAGAUUCGCUCUCUCUCAGUUGGACUUGAAAGGGGGACAAUCGCAGUCUUCGGACGACUAUUUAUGGAACGGUACGCCGUGAGAAUUGUGCGGUACAAACAGCCGUUCAAACCUCACAGAAAAGUUCAAAAUCGGCACAAAAAGUCGAACACAAAGAUUCGACAAACUACAAUAGAGUAGACUAGAGAAAAGCGCAUCCGUGCAACACAGAUUGUAGCAAUGAGUGUCAACAAGCAAACAAUAGAAGUAUUAGAAGAGAGAUCGCCUUCUGUUGAUUCUCCGUCGACUGAUUCGCUCGCUACCUUCCUCGUGGUUUUCUAAGCCGAUUCUUGUCUGAAGAGCUUCCAAAAAUUCGUUUGCUUCUUCACCCUGCAUGACAAUGCGAUCCACAACCGUAUUGAACGAUGAACAAUUGCGACACUGGACACCGAGGAAAUGCCAAGCCCGGGCAUCCUCCGAUUGUUCGCAAUCUAUGCAAGAGAUGUUCACUACUCGUGCCAGUUCCGCUGGAACGGGUUGCAUUGCCACGGCCUGGGCCAUCGCAUUCCACGUCGGAAUCAUUCUCUCUUUCGUCUCUGCUGUUUUCUUGCAAAUGGGACACCGCGAGUCGUGGGCCGCUAGCUGUCGAAAGCACUCCCAAUGAAUUGCAUGGCCACAGGGCAUCUCGUGAGAAGCGCUCCGAGAACUAAAGAGAAACUCCUGACAAACUGGGCAGUUCGAUUUGUACUUCCCGCUUUUGCAAUUAUGAUUGUCGUACAAUGUCUUGUCGAUGCACAUACCACAGUCGUGACAAUGCUUAAAGUUUUCGGCACCCCCAACCCUACAAAAACCACAGUCUGGGCAAUGAUAAGGUUUUUCCUCGUUCGACAUCCACAAGUUGCAAAUACUGCAAUGAUAUUCUCCAAAUUCAAUGCCACAAGCGGAGUUGACGCAUUUGUUUCUUUGGUUCGAGACAAGACGAAGUGGAAAGGAGGAAAAAUUGAGCAAACCAAUCAAACGAAGCACGAACAUUGCGGAUCCAAGCGCUGUUCUAGCAAGAAAGUCUUGUUGUGAUAAAAAUUCAAAGAUGCAUAGGAGCGCGGCGCAAGUUACAUACGUUUUGGAACUCUGUUUGGUAUAGCAUUUGCGACAAAUGAUGUCCUUGACAGCAAAUCGAUCGAUUGUGUGAUGCGUCUCUUGAGGUGCGGGAUUGCCAUCGUCCAUGCUGGUCCAUCCUCCGGGCAUGGACGAGCUUCUUGUGGAACGCCGCGAUGCCCGCUUGGCAAUCAAUAAAGGCGGCAGAAUAGGGCACUCGUCGUGGCAAAUGCGACAACCAAAGGCCGCUCCGCAACAGGGAGCUAUCAUGGUACAAUUCCUGUCGUAGUGGUUGCAGGGCUGGCGAGUAAGCUCGGCGCGCUUGGUGUUUUCGUUAGAAACCGGGAUGCAAAUUGCAUUUCCCGAGUCACCGAGGAUUUUGUUUUGACUACUGUUGGUAUUGGCGUUCAUUUCGGUCUCGUAUCCAUCUGGAGCCCCAUCGCCAUAGCCAUAUAUAUCUGCGCUCUCUGAACUCAUAGAAGCUAUUGACGCGGUUCCGAUACUGCUCCUCCUACCGUCCAUCAGACUCUGGAUCGAUCGUCGUCGCUCCUGUGGAGUGAUGCUGCAGUCUGCGAGAAUUGCUUUAAUGUUGGCUCGCCGUUCCUUCUCUUCUUCGUGAGACAUGGCUCGACGCCUCCUGCCAACCAUUUCUUCGCCAUCGCCAUCGCGAUCGCGGAGCCUCUCGGUCGCAUCCGAUUCCGACGCUAUUCGCACCUCUAUAAUUUCGCUAUCACUUUCCUCGUCUUCCAUAUCGAUAUCCAUCUUGAAAUCAAUCUCAACAACCCCA